AUGGGCUUUACGUGCAACGGUUCUGAAGAAGAACCAAAACCUCAAUGUGUGACUGUUCCAGAUAUAAGUAGAAUUUGGAUUCGACAACCUUUUGAAAUUGAUAUUUAUCAAAUAAUUGGUCUGACAUCAUUGGAAGAAGACAGCUUUGUAGACAUUUCUACAGAUACUAGUUUAAAAAUUCAAUUCAAUCAAAAGUCAUUAAAACAUUUUUGGUUGCAUGUUCGAAAGGAUUACCCACAAUUAUUGAGUAAAGCUCUGAAAGUUUUGAUUCCAUUCCCCACAACUUAUUUAUGUGAAAAAACCUUCUCUGCCCUCGUUUAUAUUAAGAACAAGUUUCGAAACCGAAUAGAAAACGUAGAAUCUGAACUACGAUUAAAGCUUUCGAGUAUUGAGCCCGAUGUUCAAAAACUCGUAACUGAAAUGCAACAUCAACCAUCGAAUUAA